AUGGGCGUCACCGUCUCGACGUUCGUCAUGGCGACUCCAAACGCGACAUCAAACUCCACAGCGGCAACUGCAUCAAGCUGUUCCAGCCUCUGUUCCUCGCUGACCUUCCCAUCGGAUCUGGACGCGAGCCCCAUAUCCUGUACACCAUAUGCUGCCAACUCGACCAUCACCGUCACUGGCGGCCAAGCAGACGUAUCGUGCGCCUCUACACUCACCCCGGACAUCGACCUCUGCCGUGUUGUCCUGUCUGUGACCACCAGCCAGGAGUCCGAGGUAUACAUCGAAGUAUGGCUUCCAGAUGGCGAGAGCACCUGGAAUGGACGCACCAUGAGCACCGACAACUCGGGCGUGAACGGUUGUGUGGAUUUUGACGACAUGGUGUACGUGACUGGCCUCGGCUUUGCCGCCAUCGGAGAUAACGGAGGCCACAACUCUUCCUCCUUCGACGGCAGCUGGUUCCAGGGCUCCAAUGAACUGGUCUUGGACUGGGCUGGCCGUGCCCGCCACGCUUCCGUCGUCGCCGGCAAGGCCGUCGUGAAGCAGUUCUACGGCCGCGCACAGAGUUACGCAUACUACAUCGGCUGCUCAGCAGGAGGCUGGCAAGGCUUGAUAUCCGCGCAGACAUACCCAGAUGACUUUGACGGUAUCAUUGCUGGAUCUUCCGCCACCGAUUUCAACCACUUGCAGGCAUGGAGCGGUCGUUUUGUGCAGCUCACCGGGACCAGCUCCAGCGACCCUCGCUUCCUCACCGAAGACCAAUGGAUCACCGUCCAAUCCGCCAUCUUCGAACAAUGCGAUGAAGCCCUCGACGGCGUAAACGACGGCAUCUUGGAAGAUCCCACUCUGUGUCAAUUCGACACUUCCGUCCUCAGCAAUUCCACCUACGGUCUCACAGACACACAAAUCACCACCGUCUACAACGUCUUCACGGAACUCUACAACACCGACGGCCAACUCCUCUUCCCCGCCCUCCUCUACGGCUCCCAAGUCGACGCUUUCCGCCUCGGCCAACUCUCCGGCUCCGUGCAAGCCAUCUCGGAGGACUGGUACAAAUACGCCGUCCUCAACGAUUCCACCUGGGACGCCCUCGACAUGAACCAAUCCGACUACGCCGCCGCCGACGAUCUCGACGCCUACCACGGCUACGUAUCAGGCUACGACGGCGACCUCUCCGCUUUCCAGUCCUCGGGCGGCAAACUCAUCAUGUACCACGGCAUGGCCGACCCCCUGGUCUCUGAGGGCGUUGCGCAACGCUACUACCUCAAAGUCGCCUCGACGCUCGGCAUCAACAACGACGGCAUGGACGAGUUCCUCCGCCUCUUCCGCAUCUCCGGCAUGUCCCACUGCGCCGUCGGCGGCAUCGCCGGCGCCGGCGCCUGGAUGUUCGGCCAAUCCGCCGAAGCCGCCGCCGCUUCCCACAGCAUCAUCUCCUACCUCCAGGACUGGGUCGAAGACUCCAUCGCGCCCGAUACCAUCGUCGGCACGAAAUUCUGGUACGACGAGCCCUCCCAGGGCGUCGAAUUCGAACGCGGACAUUGUAAAUUCCCCUAUCGGACGACUUAUGCCGGGGGGGAUUCGACGUUGCCCGGCAGUUGGAAUUGCACGUAUAUUGAGGAUUGGCAGGAGUGCGGAGUGGGUGCGCUGCCGAGGUUGUGUAAUGACGAUGGGACGUUUGAUAAUUAG